UUCUCCAUAUCCAUCCGCCAUAGCCGAAAACUGCUGAAGCUUUUUGCUAGGGCUUUGUGCCUAAACCAUUCAGUCAUUUUCUCCUUCACCUCCUCCGCCGUGUUCUUCCUCUGUCUCUUUCUUUGGAUAAUGGCGCUUAAGGCUGUCCAUGUCUCUGACGUUCCUCACUUCGAUCAGGUGCCGGACAAUGCCUCUAUGGCCAUGUACGCAAACCGAUGCUCCAUAGGUGCGGAAUUGGGAUGGAAAGCUUUUAGAGCCUCGAAAUUCUUGGUGAUAGGGCAUAGAGGGAGCGGGAUGAAUGCGUUACAAUCUUCAGAUAGGAGAAUGAAGGCCAUUAAAGAGAAUUCGAUCUUGUCGUUUAAUGCUGCCGCUAAAUUCCCCAUUGAUUUCGUUGAAUUCGACGUUCAGGUGACAAGGGACUACUGCCCAGUUAUAUUUCACGACGACGUUAUUCUCUCUGUAGACAAAGGCACUGUUUUUGAGAAAAGAGUCACAGAGUUAUCCCUUUCAGAAUUCCUCAACUACGGCCCCCAACAAGAUCCUCAAACGGAGGGAAAUUGCUUGCUUAGAAAAACUAAAGAUGGGAAAAUUGUGAAUUGGAAUGUUGAAAUAGAUGAUAGACUUUGCACUCUGGAAGAAGCCUUUCAGAAGGUGGAAUCUUCUUUAGGUUUCAAUAUUGAGUUGAAGUUCGACGACCACAUUGUCUAUGAUCAGAGUUACCUCACCGGUGUUCUUCAGGCUAUAUUGCAUGUGGUCUUUAAGAAUGCCAAAGAGAGACCCAUCAUCUUCUCCAGCUUUCAACCAGAUGCAGCAUUGCUUGUCCGAAAGUUGCAGGCGACAUAUCCGGUGUUCUUCUUGACAAAUGGGGGAAACGAGUUGUAUCAUGACGUGAGGAGAAAUUCUUUAGAGGAAGCUUUGAAGGUUUGCUUGGAAGGUGGAUUACAGGGGAUAGUUUCAGAAGUGAAAGGGAUUUUUAGAAAUCCAGGGACUGUUAAGAAGAUCAGAGAGUCAGAAGUAUCCCUCUUGACCUACGGAACACUGAACAAUGUGGCAGAAGCGGUUUACAUGCAGCAUUUGAUGGGAGUUGAGGGAGUGAUAGUUGAUCUUGUGCAAGAAAUCACAGAGGCAAUGGCGGAGAUGAUAAAGCCACCGGCGAAGCCGAGGGCGGAGGCGACUGGGACGACUGGAGAAGAAGGGAAGGAAGAGGAAGAAGGAAAGGUUAAAGAAGAAGAAGAAGAAGAAGAAAUGGACAGAAAACCUCAGUUCUCAGAGAGGGAGCUUUCAUUUCUUAUGAAGCUCAUCCCUCAGCUCAUAGAUUUCUAACAUAAACAUUACAUGAUAACAAGCAGGUUUUGUUUAGGAAAAUAUUGAUCAGAAAUAUUGCCUCUCAGAAAUUUUUUACUUUCUCAACAA